GAUCUCUAAAUAUACUUCUCUGAACAUCGAGUCCGAGCUGCUCCUCCAGCAUCUUCCUCCUCACAGAGCUGCGUUUGUUCCAGUGACUCAUGUGUCUGGAAUAAUGUUUGCGAGCCGCCACAUUUCCAUCAUUUUUGUUGCUAAGACAACAGAGGAGGUCCGAACCACGUCAUGUGUGUAAUAUAAACGUUUGCUUUUCAUUUUCAAACACCCUGACAUCAUUGGAUGCAGGAUGAAGCAGCCAACAGUGGUGGAAAUGUAUUUGUUUUACAUUAAUUCAUGUGCUUUAAUAGGAUUUUACACCUAUUUCAUGCUACUAUAGAUCUGAGCUGCAGCUGCCUCAACUUCUACACAGUGUUUGAAUGUGCACAUUAGAAACUAGCUGAACAUGCAAGGGGCCAUUGCACGAGUGUGCAUGGUGGUGGCUGCUGCCAUAUUGAACCACCCCUCGCUCUUCCCUCAAGAAAACACCACGCUCCCCGAGCAGGACGAGGACCUGAUAGCUCGCAUGCGGGAGCAUGAAGAGAGGCUGGAGAUGGAGCAGGCCAAGCUGGAGAAAGAGCUUUCACAGAUGGACUCAAAGCAGGAGGAGACCAGCUCGGAGGAAGGUUACAGUUGGUACUUCUGGAGUGCCUUGUCUUUUGUGAUAUUCCUCACUAUCGAGAUGUGUAGGGUGGAUUUUACCGAAGCAGAAAUCCGGCCAGUUGAGGAUGAAGACGUGUUCUCAGAGACUGGAUCCAUCACUUCCAGGAUGAUGGUACUAGACAAGGACAUCCUGAGCAACUUCUGUGACAAAUGCACCUACGCUGCAGCCCAUGAGAAAUGGAGGGUGAGGGAGUUUGUGGAGGGUUUUGCAGACGACCUGCUCGAGUCGCUCAGGAGCGUGUGUGACAGGGAGGUGGAUAUGGAAGUCGGGGACUUUGUCGGGAUUGGAAGCAUGUUUGAGUCUUGGAAGGUGUGCAAGCCUCUGAUGUGCGAUCUGAUAGUGCCUUUCUCGCCUCCAGACCCGCACUCCUUCCAGUACCAUCUAUGGUGCAGCCCGUCCAGUAACAUACCUCCAGACAUGCAGGGCUGCGGCAAGAUAAAGGUGACCAGGUUUGGGGAGAACGAGGAGGGCUGCCUCUGUGGCUCUGCUAACCUGGGAGAGGACAUGCUCUGUCUGCUGCACAGCAGGAAUGACGCAGCCGGAGUUAGCCACAGUCCUGAUGAACUGCUCUGCUCCAAAAACACACACUUCUUAGCCAAAGAUCAAGUCAUGAGGUGGUUUCAGAUCUCUGUCACCAAAGCGUGGGGACGCAUCUCCCAUAAGUACGACUUUGAGGUCACCUUUCGUAACCUGGAUGCCGCUGGAGCUCUGAAGAUCCGGUUCCGUUCUGGGAAAGUCAUCGUAAUGAACAUCAUCCCGGUGGUUCAGCUGGAGGAUACAGAUGCUUAUUUUGUCUCACACUUCCCAUCAGGUUGUGACAGCUGCCCCGACCCUUACUGGCCUCUGUCUUUUGCCAUCUACGAGAGGAAUUUGCUGAAACAUUUUGCUAAACGCCUACCACAGAAUUCCUGUCAUCUUCACUGCCUCCAGAUUGUUACUUUUCUGCACAGAAAGCAGUCAGGGCUCACGGGGAAAUGUGCCCUCACUAACUACCACCUAAAAACCACUCUGUUGCACUUGUUGCUGAGUAAAAAGCCCUCGGCGUGGGGCGCUGAGAGCAUGGAGCACCGGCUUCAGGAUGUCAUCGGCUUCUUGCAGAGGAGCCUGCAGGAGAAGAGACUAAACCACGUCCUGAUUGGGAACAGUAAAGUGCCCAAAGAAGUCCGGGUUCCUGAGAUGAUUCGCAAAGUGGAGCCCAUAAAUCUGUUCAGAUCUCUGGUGUUGCAGAGGGAACUUUACGCAGCAACAGUCAGGCAUUUUCAGGAGAUGCUGAGAAAUGCAGCUGUGCUUUUACAGGAGUACACACCUCACUUAUCAAAUGGAGGUUUGCACCACAGUCUAGAUGAAAGCUUAUGAGCUCUGGUCAUACUCAGUGUUAAGAGUAUGUCUUUAAAUAUCAGUCAGUGUUACCAGAAGUAAUGUUACUAAUAGAAGAUGCACCUCUAUAAGCCGUGGCUGAUAACUAAUAUAGACAUGCAGUGGCAGAAGCUAACCAGUGUACUGUUUUGCAGUGAAUUCAGUUUUAUGUAACAUUUAGUACAAAAAUAGCAUCUGAUUGGUCAGUGAUGUCUGUCUGUCCCUAUAAUAAGUAGCAACAAGUAAUCUAUAUGAAAGAUAAUACUUUUAGAAAUGCUUUCUAACAGAAAUACCUCUCAUACUAUGCAGGUCCAAACAGAAACAGCAUUUACCAAACAGUACAGCAGUGUUUUGUUUUUCAGUCAUACUGCUGCAAGUCUGAUGGCAGCUAUUAAGAGUUCUAAUGUUCUCUUUUUUUAAUUACUUUUUGCAGCUUCUUUCUUCAUUUUUUUGUGAUACUUCUACUGUCUUGAUGUCAGAUCUUUGGACCACUUGGUGUUAUCCUGGGGGGAAAACAUGUUUUUUUAUGCAUUUGUAAGACAAACAGAAAAUUCUGAUUCAGGCCAGAGUCAUGGCAUGGACAGAUUUUAUUUUAAGUGACACUUUGGAUUAUUGAAAACACCCUUAGUUAAGCGAUUAUUGUAUGUCGUUGUCAUUAUGGAAAUUUCAUCUUUUCCUCUGAUAACAAAAUACCUCGUAAAUGUGCAUUGAAGGCACAUUUUUGAUCUUUUGAACUGUUAUUACAUCAGAGUUGGAAAAAAACCCAGAAAACUUAAGAUAUGAUUAUAAAUGGACGGUUGGGGCUUUGGUCAGAAUUUUCUACAGGCCAUAGUCAUAGUCGGGUUUCCCAGUGGCGUAGGCCUCUAUGUAGACUCUGUAGGUGUCUGUACCAUGCAUGCAGGCUUUGACAGCUGGGUCCUCCCACAUGAGCUCUGUCCACUUCUUCAGCUCAGGUGUGCCGUCCAUGCAGCUGAGGAUACAAAGGGAUAGAAAUUAUUCACAGAAGACGAAACAUACAGUCUUAUGCAAAAGUUUAGUCAAAUUAAAUAUUUGGUUGUUUGUUGAAGUAGGAAGCAGUAAAUACAACUGCUGCAAAAUUGGUAUGUGCCAGAUUUUGGGCACUUCUCUACUUGUAAAGUCUUAAGUUUUAUUUACUUGUUAGGCUUGUUGUCGAUACAAUUGUCUGCUGACAACUGAGGCUGAACGAUUUGGGGAAAAUAUCAAAUUGCGAUGCACGUUUUGAUUUUUUAAAGUUGAGCUUCAGUUCAAUAUUACCAUGCGAUAGUGGAUUACCACAUCAGAAACCAUCAAAAGUGUGACUGCUACACAAAGAGGAUGUCAUAAGUCUGUAAAACCACUGACAAGACAGUUUAAACAGUAUAAGUGAAGCGCGCUGCAAAAUGUAUGAGGUGUAACUUAUGUUAGUUGAUCCACAGCGUCCACACCUAAACCAUGACUCAUCAGUGCACAUAUAGAAGCACUUCUAGCAUGUAAUUUCCAAGACGGUUAAUGGGAACUGUGGGAGUCGAGACAAGAUCUGGAAGAGCAAGAAUGUUAGAUACAGCUGCACGUCUGCUGGAAAAAAACAAAACCCUCAUAUGACCUUCAGGAAGGUUUAGCGGUCACAGAAGUGGUGUAGUGGUGAAGCACCAACAGGGUUUGCAUACAGGAGGAAGAAGAAAACCUUGAAUGUCUGACGCUAGGCAAGAGACAAAUGCUGUGGAUGGAUGAAUUUAACACAAUCACAAACAGCAUGUUAGAAGAGAACUUUGUCCGCUGUUGAACAAUAUGAUGGUUGAAUUUACUUUUUCUGCUUCAAAAACCAACUAAAUAUGUAAUUUGGCCAACAAUCUGUAUUCUACUGUAAAUCUGACAGUUUCUCUGCCCUGUAUUGUGUACAAGCCAGACUUUUGUAAUUUUUUGUACGGUUUCCUUCUGUCAGUUGACCUUGAGUGCCUCCAUAAAUAAAACAUAUUUAUUUUUAAAUGUA